UCCAAGAGCAAAAUAUAGAAAUAAGGACAAAAAGCAAAUCCAGCAAUAGUGGCGGCUACGACGGAGUGUUCUACAAGAGGUUCUUCUGUUUAUCUGACAAGAAGAAGAAUCCAAGUCACAAGUGUUAAAUUCAUUUCAAUUUUUAAGUCCCAGAUUCUGAUUUCUUAAGAUUUUCGUUUUACCUAAAAUGGGUAUUGUACCUGAUUGUAUAUCAUUCACAAGAUCACUUCAAGUUUGAGCCUUUACCCUUUAAACUUCAGUUUGAUUUUGGGUCUUCACCAAAAUGAAGAGGCGCAUGUUCUUGAAGCAUUCAACAGCUCUUAUCCUCGUGAUGGUAACUAUAUGCUGCCUUUUGAUUGUGAUAGUCACAGUUCUCAAGCUUCCAGAUGCAUCAACCAAGAACAACCAAAUGGUAUUGUACCCAAAAAUCAGAUCCCGAAAAAUCCCUCAUGAUUUCAAGUUGAGCAAGUUCGGUGACAUGAUGCUUGAGAUGUUGCCUCAUGAUCUUGCAUUCACUGUUUUUGUUCCAUCGGAGGAAGCUUUCAAGCGAGAUCUGCGUCUAGAUUUCAAUGAUAGUUUGAAACCUGACAAGUAUAAUGAUACAUAUGCGAUUGUGUCUCGUGUGUUGGGAUUCUCAGCUGUUCCUAGAUCAAUUCACUCGGAUAGUGUGAAACUUGGUGAGCUUGUGAACUAUGAUUCUUUAUCUGGGUUCUCACUAUACAUCUCAAAGGACAUCGAUGGAAUGUUGGUUGUUAAUAGGGUUCGAUCUGAAAUGGUGGAUUUUAAGAGGAAUGAGAUUGUUGUUCAUGUUAUGGAUGGUGUUAUUAUGGAUGCUGAGUUUGAGCAAUCCGUUCUCUCUUACGAAACUGAGGAGGAUUGAGUUUUGUAUUCAACUGAGUCUUCAUCUAUACAGAAUAUACAACUACACUUGUGUAGGUAUCAUCUAGUUCUUCUUUUAAAUGAAAUUGUAUAAGGUAAAGGUUUUCUCUUCCUUUUUACUUAUUUUUUGGGCUAACUUUGAAGAUGUUCCAUUUAUGUACCAUUUAUUUAUAUUACCUUAAUAGAUAUAUGGAAAUAUUUUGAUA